AUGACUUUACCGACUACUGAUGAUUUGUACUCAUGUUAUGACAAACUAACCGACAGUUCUAUAGAUUUAAAGGAGAGAGAAAAUGCCUACAAAACAGUACUUGUAGGUGUUAAAGGCGAUGAAAAUGCAAAGAGAUUGUCAAGUCAGUUUAUAGCAAGAUUUAGCAAACUUUUCGAGAAUCUACUGGAGGAAAGUUUCAAUUGUUUUCUGGAUUUAUGUGACGACGACGAUGUAAACGUUCGAAGUCAAGUGGUGCACGAUUUGUUACAGUUUUGUAAACAUGCACGGGUGUUCGUCCCACGUGUUGCUGAUGUUCUCGUUCAAAUGUAUCAAACAGAUGAUAAGAAGGAGCUGAAUGUAAUUUCUUUGGCUUUAUCUCAACUACUUCAUUCGGAGCCGAAAGCGACCUUACUAGGAAUAUUCAACCGACUUCUCUCAAUGAAUGCAGAGAAUUCUAGAGAAAAUACUCUCAAAUUCCUAUGUGAACGUUUAAAAAGUCUACCAGACAAUGUAUUAACCAGUGAUCUGGAGUCUUUUGUGGUUGAACAAACUAAUCGAGUGCUACAUGAUGUUUCUGAGGAUGAGUUUCCAAUGUUAAUCUCUUUACUAUCAUCCCUGAAAUGUAUGUCUACACUAACUGGCAGGCAAAAACUAGUCGGCAUGAUCUCUCAACAAGCUUUGCAGGCCGUUCCUACAUUCAAUGCUAGUGAUCGGGCAUGUAUAGCUCAAGUUCGGGAGAGUUGUAGACAGGCUGCCUUAUGUAUAUCUAAAAACGUUAAUGCUCAUGACUUGUACAUAUACAUGUUGGAAAAAUUCCUACCACAAUUUGGUGACUUUGCUGAAGACACUUUCGACGAACGACUGAGCUUACUUCAGUUGACCGCAGAGCUACUGUUUUUCCCAAGUCAAGCACUUGCAUCGAUAAAGUCAGAGGAUAUAACAAAAUAUUUAAACUCUGCUUUUAAUAUACUGUCAAUGUUCUUGCCUAACAUCCCUUCGGAAGAAACAGCUGACAACUUGAAACAGCCUUCUAUAGAAAAGCCAACAUUAAACCAGAUGGGUUUGAAGUUUUCGGAGUUAGAAGCAAGUCUGUUUUUAUGCUGCCAGCUUGGAUGUUAUUAUCCUCAAUAUUUUGGGGGGAAAGCGAAUGAUAAUGAACCUGAGUUAUCUGUUAUCGAAGAUGGAGUCGAUAGAUUACGUACUGUCAGACCUCGUCUCCAGUACUUAAGUCAGCUAGCACAAGAUUAUGCAACAACAAUAUCUGGUCAGUUGGAUAAGAAUUUACAGUCUGAAGAGAGCAAGCUUCGAAUCAUGGCUCACAGACUUAUGAUGAACAUACAGCGAAUGAUACGGUGCUUUUUUCACAACCCUCCAAUGUUCAAAACCAUCAAUGUAACAUUGUCGUGGAUUCAAUCACCUGUUACUUCGAUUCCAGGUACAAAGCGUCCUCUUUCCACGGAUUCGGGUAAUCACCAUAGUACAGGUGUUCGACAACCACGUGGUGAUAGACUAUUGUAUACUCCACCAAUCGGUCAGUGGUCUCGCGUUGAUACUAUUGAUUCGAAUAAAGGCAGAUUUCGAUUUGGUCGUAGUGGUCGGGGGCGUGGACGGAACUUCUGA